GUGCGGGUUUUGUGAUUUGGAAUUAAAAUUGCUCAAAAAAGAAAUAUGCAAGUGGCAGAAAGAGGAGUUAGGGGGCCUGAGAGGAGGAAUCAGCCCAAAUUUUAAGUUAGAUUCAAGCUCUUGACAUUAAAGAAGAAUUGUUAGAUCUUUUAGAAGAGGAGAGAGCUUGGUGGGAAGUGUUCCGUUCAAAAUAUAAUGCGAGAUUGCGAGAAGACGAAAUUAAAUGGAGACAGAGAUCGCGUGCCCUUUGGUUGAAAGAGGGGGAUAAAAAUAUAAUUUUUUUCCAUAACAUGGCAAGUGCAAGGGCAAAGGUUAAUAAGAUGAUGUCUAUAGUGGUGGAGGGAGAAAGAGUUGAGGGGAAGGAAAAGGUCUGUGCAUCUAUAGUUCAAUUCUAUAAGAAACUCCUUACUAGUGAAGAUUGGAAUAGGUUGGCUUUAGGUAAUUUACCUUUCAAUUGUAUCACAGCUCAAUUGGUGUCAGAGUUGGAAAUGCCUUUCAAUGAAGAAGACGUGAAGCAAGCCGUGGACGAAUUGGGUAGAGACAAAGCACCCGGGCCAGAUGGUUUUUGAUAGCGUUCUAUUGAAAGUUCUGGGAGGUAGUCAAAGGGGGUGUGUUGGGAUAUAUCAAUGAGUUCUAUGAGAAAGGUAUCAUCGCCUCGGUGCUUGGGGCUACUUUCAUAUUGAUAAUUCCAAAAAAAGAAGGGGCAAAAAGUCUUUGUGAUUUCAGACCCAUCAGUUUGUUGGGAGGUCCGUAUAAGAUUCUGGCCAAGAUGCUCACUUCUAGAUUCCGUGGGGGUAUUGGGAGAGGUCAUCUCAGAUUCACAAGGAGCUUUUGUUUUAGGAAGACAAAUAGUAGACAAUUUCCUAGUGGCAAAUGAGUGCAAUGACCAUUGUAAUAGAAAAUGGUCGAAAGGGAUUGUUUGCAAGCUUGAUAUUGAAAAAACGUAUGAUCAUGUGGAUUGGCCCUUUCUGGAUUCCAUUCUUGCGAGGUUGGGUUGUGGGGCCAGGUGGCGCUCGUGGAUGCAGCUCUGUGUCAGGUCGGCUAAAUUCUUAGUUUUGGUAAAUGGCUUACCGAAUGGCUUCUUUUCAGUGUCUAGAGGACUUCGACAAGGGGACCCCCUCUCCCCAUAUUUGUUUGUAGUGAUUAUGGAGGCAUUCAGCAGGAUGUUAGAUAAAGGGGUGGAGAUGGGGCUAGUGAAAGGUUUCAGUGUGGAUCGAUUUGAGUUCCUGAUAUCUCAUCUUCAGUAUGCUGAUGACACGUUGCUUUUUUGCGAGGCAGAGAUUCAGAAAGUUGAGCAUUUAUGGGCAAUCAUUGUCAGUUUUGAGGUGGUUUUGGGUCUGAAGGUUAAUCUUUGCAAGAGCAAAUUCUUGGGGAUUGGAAUUCCUAUUGAGUUAAAGCUGUAUGCAUCUAUACUUGGGUGUAGGGACGGGUCUUUCCCGGCAUCUUACCUCAGUCUCCCGUUAUGUGUUGGUAAACCGCCAAAGCAUGUUUGGGAAGUGAUUGAAAGAUUUGAAAGAAAGUUAUCUCGUUGGCAAAACCGUCAUCUCUUGUUGGGUGGCAAGAUCACUUUGUUUAAGUCAGCAAUGUCUAACCUUCUAGUUUAUUGUUUAUAUCUCUUCAAAUGUCCCAAGUUAGUUCUUUUGAAGUUGGAGAAGCUUAGGCGUGAGUUUCUGUUGGGAGGGAUGGGAGACAAAAAAAAAAAUCAUUUGGUGAAAUGGGAAGAGGUGUGUAGACCAUGGGAUCAAGGGGGUGCGGGGCUAACGAAGUUGGAAGAGAUGAAUCUAGUGUUGAUGGGGAAUUGGGUUUGGAGGUUUGGGGUAGAAUUGGUUACACUAGGAGAAGGGUGUUAGCUAAGAAAUACGGGGUAAAGGAAAGAGGGUGGUGGGUUAGGUCUUCUUCGAUGUACAUAGCUUGUCAUUUAUGGAAAUAUGUGGUGUCUUUAAAAGAUAAAGUGUGGGUGGGAGUGGAGUUUGUAGUGGGGGACAGGAAAAACAUUAGGUUAUGGGAAGACACCUGCGUAGGGGCAAUUGAUUAAGGGUUUUGUUUUCUAGGUUGGCGGGGAUUGCACUUUGGUCGGAUCUCUCAGUUGCCAGCUAUUUCUUCAUUGUUCGAGGAGAGGCAAUGUGGGUCCCGUUGUGUAGAUGGAAUUUGUUGGAGGAAGAGGUUGAAGAUCUCACCAUAUUGCUUCAAUUGCUUUAUAAGGUUGUUCCAAAUGUUGCAGUGGCUGAUUCGUUGGUUUGGGCCAAAAACAAAUCUGGAAAAUUUUUGGUAAAAUCUCUUUAUAGGCUUUUCAGUGGCUAUCUUAGCUCGACGACGUUUGUGUGGCGCUUUGGUGCUCCUUCAAAAGUGGCAGCUUUUGCUUGGCUAAUUGGGAGAAAGAAGGUGCUUACAGUGGAUAGGCUUCGGAGUAGAGGAUUCAUCUUGCAUAAUGUUUGUCUUCUUUGCACGCAAGAUGAAGAGUCAACAAAUCAUUUGUUUCUUCAUUGUUCCUUUUGCAAGGGAGAUAUGGAAUUUUUUCUUAUCUCUUUUGGAGUUGCUUGGUUGUUGCUGGGUUCAAUUGAUAUCUUCCUCUUAAUGUGGCAUGGUGGAGCAUCAGAGAAGACUGGGAGGAGCAUUUGGCAUCUUUGCUUGUUAGCAGGCUUUUGGGUUUUAUGGCUCGAGGAACAAGAGGUUUUGCAGGAAUCAGAAGGGGCAAUCUCAAGAGGUCUUUGGUAGGGCUAUAUCUUUAGUGUUGGAAUGGGUGGCGGCUUCUAAUAUCUCAUCUCAGGGGUUUGAGAUUUGGAGGGAUUUGUAAUUGUUUUUUGGUUUUUCUUGUAAAUUUGCAGCUUCGGCCUUUUUCUAAUACAAUACUCAAAAAAAAAAAGAAGGAAUUUAUCCAAUGUAACAUUUACAACAUCAGCCACAUCAAAUGUUGUGAACAAAUAGCUGCUAUCCUUGCGAAGGAAGGAGUUCUCACAUUUCCUCCCUCUUGUAAGAUACAAUCCCCUUUUGGCAAAUGUUGGGUCCGAAUA